AUGGUCAGUCAGUUUAUGCAGAAUCCAAAGCAGAUUCACAUGCAAGCGGUAGACAGGAUCUUGCACUACCUUAAAGGAAGACAUGGAAAAGGAAUUCUCUUUAAGAGAGAUCGUGGAAUAACUCUAGAAUUAUACACGGAUGCUGACUACGCAGGAUCACCGGUUGAUAGAAGAUCUACUCCUGGGUAUUGCACAUUUCUUAGAGGUAACCUAGUUACAUGGAGAAACAAGAAACAGAAUGUGGUGGCAAGAUCAAGUUCAGAAGCAGAAUAUCGAGCUAUGACCUUGGGAAAAUGUGAGCUACUAUGGAUCAAAAUAAUCCUAGAUGAUUUAAAGGUUAAGUGGGAUGAGCCCAUGAACUACAUCGUGACAACAAAUCAACAAUUAGCAUAG